UAAAAACUUUAGGGUGGUAGCUAAGUUGACGUGGGCUGUUUUUCUUGUUUUGGCUCCCUAAUUAAGCACCUGUUUCCAGUGAAUUUUCCUGAUAAAACGCAUCACAUUAGUGGAAAUCGUUCAACUAAUUAUAGUAAACAUGUUUGGCAUUCAAACACAUAUGGACUUUGAGGGUCAAGGACGAGCUGAGAAGCUAUCUAGGAUUAUUAUAACCCUAUUUGGUAUUGUUGGAUUAAUAUGGGGUGGCUACGUGCAGCUGUUCUCACAGACUGUCUUCAUCCUUGCGGCUGGAUUCGCUGUUGCUGCUUUGCUCACAAUUCCUCCUUGGCCAAUGUACAGACGGAAAUCGCUGAAUUGGCAGAAACCACGAGGAGAAGCGGGGGAGGAAGCCAAAAAGAAGGAGAAGAAAAAAUAAUAUCGCUAUUCCUUCAUAAUUACUUAAUACAGAAAUAAUGCUACAAAAAGUA